AUGUGUUGUUUUGUUGCCUUGACCUGUAGAGACAUCAAUCUCUCUGAGAGCGAAGCUGAGCAAGAUGGCAGUCACAAUAUCACAGAGCUGCCUCAGGCCUGUGCUGGUCGUGGGAACAUGAAGGCUCAGCAGAGUGCAGUCCGGCUCACUGAGAUUGGCCCUCGCAUGACAUUGCAGCUCAUCAAGGUGGAAGAAGGACUAGGUCAAGGCAAUGUACUCUACCAUAGCUUCAUUCACAAGACGGAAGAAGAGAUCCAAGAAGCCUUGGCCAGAAAAGAAGAAAAACUGCAGCUCAAGGCUCAACGGCGCCAGAAGCAAGAGGCAGAUGUGGCCAACAAAAAAGCACUAAAGCAAGCUCAUCGCAAGAAGAGUCUGGCGGGGAUGAAGAGGAAGACGGACCAAGCGGUAGAGGGAGACAGUGAUGCCGAGGACCCUGGAAUGCAGGAGCAGCAAAAUGUAGAUGAGCCCUCCGAUGAUGAUGUGGAAUACUACCGCCAGGAAGUUGGGGAGGAGCCGGAUGAAG